UGGUGAUAAUUGAUCCUGAUGAUGAUGAAAUGACCUCUCUGGGGCUAGAUUUGCCAUCUGGACAUAGCUCUACAGAAUCUGAACUCCAGGAGAAAAAUGGAUUGUCGGGAACUCCAGAUACAAGCUCUCAAACAACUUCAGUGCUUUCCAAACAGCCUCUUCCUAAAAUUGCCUUGGUGACCCAAGGAGAGGAUUCACUGCAGUCUAACAAAUUGCUGAAUUCCUGUCAGUUAUGCGGCACCUGCUUUGAGACCCGUAAAGGAUUGUCAAGUCAUGCACGCUUCCACCUGAGGCAGUUUGGAGUGCCAGACUCUGAAAGCAGUGGCGCCCCAAUUGGUACAUUGUAUGAACUGAUGAAAAGAAAAGGGAUACCUAGUGUUUUACCCUCCACUUUGGCUACUGAUAAACCGCAGAGCUGUUCACCAAAGGACAUGUCUGCUGUAAAACAAGAAACUCCUGGCAAACCACUUGGAGAGGAGUGCCAAGGAGAAACAACGCAUGCAGCUAAAUCGCCAAAGUUGACCAUUACCAGUCCACUGAAGGGCCAGUCUCAGACAGGAUCAUCGACACUCAAGAAAGUGCAUCCCAUUUUACCAAAGCCAGUGUCCAGUAAAUCUCCAGAGCCUGGAAAAACAGGGCGAUCGUUGAUGGAUACUCCUCAGACAUCAGGGGAGCUGAUGUCAAAGAAGCUGUUUUGGACCCCACAAGAUGACAACACACCUUUAAACCUCA